AUGUCUGGUCGCAGAUCACGCCGUCCGCCUUCAUUGAACCUUUCCCUUUCGUCCCGCGAAACUUCACCUGCAAACCGAACAACCCCUUCACCUGAACCAGACACAGACGACGAGAGAAUGUCAAGUAGCUGUAGCAGCCGGCCCUUGAGCUCGGGAUAUUCAUCGGGACCUUACUGCGUAAAGAGACCUUCAUUAUCGGAGGUGUUAAAUGGAAAUGCACCAGCUCCUUACACAUUGAGUGCCUUUACAGCGUACCUUUCACAGAAUCACUGCUUGGAGACUUUGGAGUUUACAAUGGAUGCUGGACGCUACAAGGACCACUGGAAAGCGAUCACUGGCGACGACACUCUACCAACACCCGAGAGCAAAGGAUGUGAAUACGUGCGGAUGCUUUGGCAGAGAUUGAUGGCUACUUACAUUGUGCCCAAUGGGCCAAAGGAGGUGAACUUGCCGUGCACAGUCAGGAACCACAUCUUGUCGAUCCCAACAAACCAGAUUCCCCCUCCACCAGAAUCACUCGACUCAGCAGUUCACAUUGUCUACGAGCUUAUGCAGGAGAGCGUAUUGAUGCCAUUCAUCAGCGAUUGCCAGCAGCAGGCGAGUUGUGGGAGCUCGUGCGGUUGGGGUGCUCAGGGCUCGGAUGAGAACUUGUACAUGCGCGGGAGCCUCGACGAGAGAAUGUUGCAGAGGAAAAGGAACUCGAACUCGCCUCCACCAAUGUUGGGAUUCGUGUCUAACUCGUAUCCUACUGGGUCUGGGUCAUCGCGUCACAACAGCCAGAGAGCAGCUUCACCCUUCAGUGUGAGCUUGGGAUGGCAUAGACACUCGUCACCCAUGGGACCGGGUUCGUGGUCUACCAGUGGUGACAGCUUUGAGGAGUCAUACACUUCUUCACCAACACUUUCAUCGUGCCCCAUGACUCCUCCCACUACUCCCCCGACAUCUGAGGCCAUGCUUCAUGGAUCAAUCACUAGCUCGCCAAAGCACAGCAAGACCGUUGACAAGGCUGAGAAGAGCUGGAAGAAGAUGACUGGGAACUUUGGGAAGCAGUUUGGAUUCGGAAAGAAGAAGACUCCUCAGUUCUGGGGAGAGCACGUUUCAUAUUGA